GAAUAUUAUUGAAUCUUCACUAUUAUUUGAUUCUCUGUAAUAUACCUUGAUGCAGUUCCGUGCAGCAAUUCAGUUGCAGUUUGACUUUCAUAGGGCUAUUUACAACCUCGGAACUGUUUUGUAUGGCUUAGCCGAGGACUUGCUAAGAAUCGGGGGAUCAGUCAGCCAUAAUGAUAUUUCGCCCAAUGACUUGUAUAGUCAGUGCGCUGUCUAUAUUGCAGCUGCUCACGCAUUGAAGCCAAAUUACUCGGUCUACCGCAGUGCACUGAGGCUAGUCCGUUCUAUGGUAAGAGUGCUUUACAUAAAAUCAACAGAAAAUGUACAUAGUUCUAGUUAA